CUAUCGCAGCUACGAGUUUGAAACAAGUCAUUGAAUAUGCUAAUAUAAUUUUUACUUCACUUGCUAAUGAUGACGCCGUUAAUCAGACUUACGAUAAAAUAUUGGAGGAAUUAGAUCUUAUUGAUGACAAUAAUAAGAGAAAAAUAAUAUUUAUUGAAACAAGCACUAUUUAUCCAACUACAAUUAGUGCUCUCAGAGAAAAGAUCGAGAAUGCAAAUAGAACUUUAUUGUAUUGCCCUGUUUGGGGUCCUCCUCCAGCUGCAAAGAGCGCACAACUGUCAGUUAUCACUUCUGGCAACCAAGAAGCAAUUGAUUACAUACUACCAUUAUUAGUACCUGUGUUAGGAAAGAGAGCUUUGUCCGCUGGUGAUGAUGUAAAGAAGGCAGCAAAAUUUAAACUAAUUGGAAAUUUCUUCAUUGCUGGUACUUGUGAAUUAUUAUCAGAAGGAAUUACUUUCGCAGAAAAAUCUGGUGUUGAAAAAGAAAUGCUCAUGGAAUUUCUUUCCUCCGUGUAUUCACCGAAUGUUUAUAUGCGCUAUGGUAAUUAA